ACACGGCUCGGCUGAACAUGGCGGAAGGGGAGAGACGCGAGAGAGGAGGGAGCCGAGCGGAGUAGAGGAAUGUAAAACUGGAGAAACAAAGAGGAAAGAAAAGGACGCUCCGGUAUGGCGGACGAAACGUUAACGCUCCUAAUCAAGCUCCUGGCUGCGGCUUUCUACGGCGUUAGCUCUUUCCUCAUAGUUGUUGUGAACAAGAGCGUCUUGACAAACUACAGGUUUCCGUCAUCGAUAUGUCUCGGUAUCGGCCAGAUGCUGGCCACUGUGCUGGUGUUAUGGGUGGGAAAGGCUCUGCGGGUGAUCACCUUUCCAGAGUGGGACCUCAGCAUACCUAGGAAGACAUUUCCUCUACCUCUGCUAUAUGUAGGGAAUCAAGUAUCUGGACUGUUUGGAACAAAAAGGCUGAAUCUGCCAAUGUUUACAGUCCUGAGGAGGUUUUCCAUUCUUUUCACAAUGCUUGCUGAGGGCUUCUUGUUAAAGAAGAAAUUCUCUCGGCCGGUUCAGCUCACUGUAUUUACAAUGAUCCUCGGGGCUUUUGUGGCUGCAAGUGCUGACCUGUCCUUCGAUCUGCAAGGAUAUGUGUUCAUCUUACUGAAUGAUGUUUUAACUGCUGCUAAUGGAGCCUUUGUGAAGCAGAAGCUAGACUCGAAGGAGCUGGGAAAAUAUGGUCUGCUUUAUUACAAUGCUUUAUUUAUGAUCCUGCCAACGCUGCUUUUGGCACAUGUCACUGGAGACAUAGACAAGGCUCUGGAUUAUGAGGGCUGGUCAGAUAUGCUAUUUGUUGGACAGUUCGUCAUGUCUUGUGUAAUGGGGUUUAUUUUAAUGUACUCCACUGUGCUGUGCACUCAGUACAACUCUGCGUUAACAACUACUAUUGUUGGGUGCCUGAAAAACAUAUUAGUGACAUAUAUUGGAAUGGUGUUUGGAGGGGAUUAUAUUUUCUCAUGGACUAACUUCAUUGGUCUAAAUGUCAGUAUUGCUGGUAGCCUGGUGUACUCCUACAUAACGUUCACAGAGGAGCAGUCAGCCAAACAAGGAGAAACUUUGACCAAACUGGAGGUCAAGGGAAAAGUGGCUGUAUGACCUGCGCUUCAGUGCUCCACAGGUACAAGGGAACUGUACCUUUAGUAUUUAUUGCAAGUUUUUGUAGUAUGUGAAAAGGAGCCUUUUCAAAAAGACAUGUCAGCAGUGACAUGGUGGGAAAUGACAGGACACACUUCAAGGAAAGGUUCAAUAAAAUCUCAAGCUCUCAAGUACAGGCUGAUGGCAGGAUGGCGUCAUUGCAAGCAGUAAACAAGAAUGUAGAGGUCGUGUACUUGAUUAGAUUGAGUCAUGCUGUGUUGGGUUCCCUUAUCAAUGUUUGAAAACGAAUGGAGCAGACGAAGAAUUGAAUACAAUUUUUUUGUCAAGCUUGAAGGACUGCUGUUGGAAUAAAUGCAGUGAUGGCUGUGGUCGGUGUUAAUCAUCUUCAGCCCCCCUUGCCUUUUUGUACAGUGUUGUGAUACACUGUCUUUUUCCUCUUUUCCCCCAAUAAAAAGGUGUUGGACUAGUUGGGAUAGGUCAUUAUUUAUUGUCAAAUAUGUUUCUAAAAGAGUUUUGUACUUUUCUUUUUGGUAUUUUUAGUAUGAAAAAGGGAGAUCUGUCCUGUCUUUGGAACAGUUUUGCGUACGCUCAACUUGAAUUCUUCAACCUACAGGAAUGUUCCCUAAGUUGUUUGAGAAUAUUAUGCCAUUUUUUGUAUUUGUUUGUGUGUGAAUGUGUCGCAUGCCUGCUACUUAAUGUAGAGUUGAGUAGAAUGAUUAUAUUAAGCUUUGAAAAAGAGAGCUGCUCUGUUUUCUCAGUAUUAUAAAUGUCUCUUGAGACAUUUCAUCUGCAACUCUUUCAGCUGUUUUUCUAAUCUUUUGUACCAGGGAGUGACGUGCAGUAACUUGUUUUUGUACUGAUGCCCUGUUAUGGUAUGCUCUUUUGUUUUUAAGUGAGCAAUGUAGUCAUUGCACUUUAACUGUUUACAGGUACUUUGGGAUUUUUCAUAGUUAAAAUUGAAGAAGCUUUAGUUACUGUAGUUUGUUGAGUCAGAUUUGCCUUAGUUUUAGAACUGUACUUGAGAGAUAAAAGAAUUGGAGAAAUGAAAAUAUCCUGCAUAUCAGGACUGAUAUCAUUGGUACUUUCUGACCAGUUUAAAUGUAAAGAUCAGGGGUUUGUCAGUAUAAUCUAGAUGUUAUACAUCUGGAAUACCCAACAUUACUUUGAAUGUAUCCCAUGUUCAUGUUCACAUACAUUUUUAAUCCAUUGGUGUUUGGACAGUAACACAGGUGAAAAGGAUUAGUUCUUUUCCAAGGUUUAUGUUACAACUUGAUUAUUUGACCUGGACGCCCAACCGUUAGAGAUGUUUCGACAGACUGUUUUUCUUUUUUGGUCAUGGUUAUAAUGUUCAAGGCCAGCAUUGUGAUGAGGAUGCACUUUCUGUUAUCUGAUCAUGCUUUUUUUCCCAUUAAGUCUGGUAUGUUUCCCUUUUUUUAAUAGUAUUUUUUUCUGUGCGGUUCACUUUAACAGAAGCUCAGUGAUUGUAUCAGUGAGAGGCUGAGCCUGUGUGCAUAUAUAAUUAAAAUACCUCAGUUAUGUUUUCCA